AUGUGUCCCUAUGAGAAGAUGCGUGAAGCAGCCAAGGUAUUCUAUCCAGGAGAUCCAGCCGUGCUCUGUGCUGAUGUCAUUUCAACGUCCACCGACAUGUGGCAUUACACGAUCCCUACUCCUCGCUCGAAUGCUGCAGAUCACAUCUUCCGCAUGAACACAAUUCUAGCUGUCUUCAUGACAGCAGCCACACUACUGCUCUAUUAUGAACCCGCCUAA